CAAAAGUGGACACCUCCUACUCUGUGCAGUGCAUGAGAGUAUCCUCUUAACUCAAUUUCUAUCAAAAAAACGCACUUUUUGCUGGAGCCUGGAGAAAUGGUAGGAUAUUGAGCUGGAAAAAAAAGCUAGGGUUUGAUAUUCAUGGCUGCAACUGACAGUGAUAACAAGCGACACCAUACUGGAGAAGGAAGAGGUGGUGAUUGUGAGGCGUCAAUGGAAAAACUUCCACACCACAUAAUAACUCACGUAUUGCACAAACUGGAUUUGGAAUCUCUUUGCACCGCUGCUUGCGUCUCUCGAACUUUCCAUUCCGCCGUUACACACCUUCUUUCUUCUCUUUCCUCUCUCGAUCUUUCUGGAUUUUCUCUUGAUGAAGAGUCUUUAAAACAUGUUGUGAGUAGGGUACAAGGAGCCAAGAGCUUAACGAUUGAUUGCCUCCAGGUGGAGAAUGAUUCCUCCAUUUUCAAUAUCCUCCAUGAACAUAUCGUAGACUUGAGUUUGCUCAAAUGUUCCUCUCUGUCUUAUGACAUUCUUCGUGCAAUUGGAGAAAGGUGCCCCAACUUAAGGUUCUUCCUUAUAGAAUUUGCUGGGCAUGUAUUACCGGAACUUUUCAAAACAAAGCUUAUAGAAAUGCUCCAAAAGAUUUCCUUGUUGGAGGCCCUGUCAAUAAAAAUCCGAGGGACCAUACUUGAUGUUUUUGAUUUACAAUCUCUUGAACUAUUUUUGCCCAAGAGUGUCAAGAGUUUAAAGUUGCAGCCAACGGCUGAACACUUCUCUAUCCACUGGAUAGAUAAGCUCAGAGGUGUCCCUUGGUUCAAAUUGCAAAGCUUAUCUCUUGUCUUGGACAUUAUUUCAGAUAACCUUUUCAUCACAGUUGUGAAUUCUCUUCCGCUCUUGGUAGAGCUGGAUCUUGAAGACAGACCUCUCACUGAGCCAUCGAUGCGGUUGGAUUUGACCAACACUGGACUACAGUGUCUGGAGGUUUGCCAGCAUCUAAUUACCCUCUCAAUUGUUCGAAGUAGAAUAUAUUAUCCUGCUUCAUUUAAGAGAGUGGACAAUUUGGGCAUGUUCCUUCUUUCUGAAGGUUGUGGAGGACUUGAAUCAGUGAAACUUGGUGGGUUCACAAAGGUUACUGAAGCUGGCUUUUCAUCAAUUCUGCACUCAUGCCAGAAUCUGAAGAAAUUUGAAGUGCUGAAUUCAUCUCUAUUGUCAGACUUGGCGUUCCAUGAUAUGAGGGGAGUUGCUAGGUCCCUACUUGAAUUAAGGUUGUUAUCGUGCAGGCUUCUAACCAGUGAAGCUAUGGAGGAAUUAUCCUCAUUUAGUAACUUGGAGGUACUUGACACAAGUGGGUGCAGAAGCAUUUCUGACCCCUGUCUCAGCUACAUAUCAGGUCUUACUACACUCAGGACACUAAACUUAGCAGAAGCUGAUAUUACUGACAGUGGUCUUGCUAUUCUUGGUAGAGGAGACUUACCCAUUGCACGGUUGUGCAUCAGAGGCUGCAAGAGAGUAACUGACAGGGGAAUCGGGUUUUUAUUUCAUGGAGAGCGGAAAAUCUGCAAAACAUUAUCAUCAUUGGAUGUUGGUCAAAUGCCCGGAAUAUCUGAUGCAGGCAUUUUUACCAUUUCAUCUGCUGCCAAAGCAUUAACUGAUUUAUGUCUAAGGUACUGCUUCCAUGUGACUGAUGCUGCAAUGAAGAUGUUGGUGGAUAGACCAAACCACAAGAGUUGUCUACUGCAAAGACUUGAUCUUUAUAACUGUCGAAGUCUGUCUGAUGAUUUGAUAAUGCUACUUCUGGAUAAGUCUCCGUUCCGUGGUUUGCGCUGGCUUGGCGUUGGAUCUACUCUCUUAGUCAAUAAAAGAGGCAAUUUCUCCACAGUAUGCAAUGGACGACCCUGGUUGGUCGUGUGUUUUGAUGGCUGUGAAUUGGGGUGCCACGAUGGUUGGCAAUUUCACAAAUCAAAUGGCUACUAAAUUAUGCAUUAGUGAACAGGAGACCUUUCUGAAAGAAGAAACUGUAUAAAUCAAGAUAGACUUCAUCUUUGCUUUCUCAAGGGCCGACACCACAUAGCUUUUCUUUACAUUGUUUUAACAUCUCAAUUAGGCACCGCCUAUAGUUGGGUACCACAAGUUGGCCGAGUUUUGUUCUCUACUUUGUACUUCAGUUUUUCUAAAAUACAGCUUCACUGUGAUGCACUUUGGAUAGCCUACAAGGCUGCAACCACACUUUUGCGUAUGUACUUGUGCUUGAGCUUGGUUA